CCCACAGCCCCAUGGCCACGCUGCACUUGGGGGGGGGCUCUGAGAAGGAGAUUGAUGACGUCAUCGAUGAGAUCAUCAGCCUGGAGUCCAGUUACGACGAGCUGCUCAGCUUCGGCCCCACUGACAGCCCCACGCUGCCCAGCACGAUGCCGGCCCCCGCCCCCCUCCUGGAGCUGUUCAGCCCCCCCCCAACCAGCAGCAGCUCCUGCCCCGCCGAGCUGCCCUGCGUCAAGGCUGAGCUCACAGAAACGGAGGCGAAGGCGCUGCUGAAGAGCGUCAGAAGAAGGACAACACAACUGAAGCUGAGCCAGGGGGGCUGCUCCAUCCGAUGCGGCGGCCGAGCUUUUCAAGCAUCGAACGACCGGAUCGAAGGAAGCUGUGGGACUCUCUCAUCCGCUAAAUCCAACGACCGAACUCUAUGGUUUCGACGUCACUUCCGCUUCCUCUCCCGGAAGUGCCGGGGGGGCGGGGAAGGCAAGAUGGCGCAGGCGCUGUCGGCGGAGGAGUUCGAGCGGAUGCAGGCCCAACUGCUGGAGCUGAGAACGGAGAAUUAUCGUCUAUCGGAUCAACUGCGGCGGAGCAGCGCCGAACUCGCGGGGCUGCGGCAGAAGGUGCAGGCGGUGGAGAAGGAGCUGGCAAAGGCCAAUAAGGCUCUCAGUAAGAGUAAGAAGGCUCAGGAGCUGCUGGAGCUGCAGGCACAGGAGCACAUGGCAGCUACACGCGCCCACCGGGAGCAGCACCGGGCAGAGCUGGAGGUGGGGGCUGGGGGUCUGAGUGUGAAUCAAUGGGGAGAGCUUGGGGUUUUGCAGCAGCUCCAGGCUGAGAAAGAUGCACUGAGCAACAGCAGGAGGGCAGAGACAGAGCAGCAGAUCCAGGAUCUGCAGGAGAAGGUGAAGCAGCUGCAGGAGCAGCUGGAGGCUGCAGCACAGAUGGAGAAGGGGCUGCGGGAGCGGAGUGAGACCCUGAGCCGGGAGCUGCAGGAGGAGAAGAGCCGACGUGAUGCCCUGCAGGCUCAGCUCCAGGGCCGUGUUGGGGAGCUGCGGGCGCUGCUGGGGGACGCAGAGAGACAGAGGGAGCUGCAGGAGGCCGAGGGCCGAGCACUGCGCCAGGAACUGAAGGACGUCAGGGAUGGGCAGCGGAUCCUGGAGAAGAAGGGCAGCGCUGCGCUGAAGGACCUGAAACGUCAACUGCAGCUGGAACGACGCCGCGCCGACCGGGCCUGCAGGAGAGUGCAGGAGCUGCUGACCCCAACCCGCAUCCGUUUAGGGCUGGAGGAGCUGGGGCUGGAGGGGGGGUCCCCAGGACGGGGGCCGGGGGGGGACAACAGCAGCGUGUCGUCAUUGGGGAGGGAAAGUUCUCAGCCCCUGCCCAGCACCAAGAGUGGGUAUGGAGAGGCGGGGGGUGGUGGUGGGGGGGGGGGUUUCCUGCAGGGGGGGUUGUCCCCGGCGGAGGUGGCCGAACUGUUCCAGCGCCUGGCCCAGAGUCAGCAGGAAAGAUGGCUGCUGUACAAUAAUGGGGCUGGGAAGGGAUUUGGGGUGCGACACCUGGAGGUCAGCAGCGCGUCCAUGGCCGAGGAUCUGUGCAGGAAGAGCGCCAUCAUUGAGAGCUUCGUCAGGGACAGCCGGCUGGAGGCCGCAGGUCCCCCCGCAGCCCCCCGGCGUGGGGCAGGGCCGGGGGAGGAGGGGCUGAGGGAGAUGAACAAGAAGCUGCAGAAUCUCCUGGAGGAGCAACUGACCAAGAACAUGCACCUGAGCCAGGACCUGGAGCUGCUGUCCCAGGAGCUGGCCCGGCUCCGUAACCAGCGGGUUCCUCCGUAAGCGACGGUCACCCCGAAUGGGGGGGUUCAGCCGAGGCCCCCUCCCCGCUGCUGUACAGUGUCGUGCUGCUCGGUGCUGCGGCCCCUUUAAGGGAGCGUUGCCCUUUUAAGGGGGCGUUGCCCUUUUAAGGGGGCGGAGCAUGCUGCCCCCGCUCCCUCCCCCGCCUCAAUAAAACGCUCCAAUCA